AUGCAUUCUAAUGCUUUGCACAAUACAAAGGAGUGGGUCCUAGAACCCGAGACAGAGUACAGAUUCGAACUCGAUCCCGGAACAUCUCUAGCCAUCAAGCUCUUGGAUGGACAGGCAGAAAUAUUUGGCGCUGAACUCGUAGAAGGCAUCGCCUACCUUUUUGGUUUCGAGUGUAAAGCGGCCAUAUACACAUGGCAAGGAUGCACGCUAGAGAUAAGCAAUGCCUCCACCGAGUAUAUCUCAGAGGAGACGCCCAUGUCGGCCUACGCAAAUGUCCACAUCGCAUUCGAGCAGAUGCGCGUCCGUGCACUCCGCGCUCUCCACGGAUCCCCCGCUUCCGACGACGACCCCAGCGCCAACGCAGACCCUCCCCGAGUCCUCGUCCUAGGCCCAGAAAACUCUGGAAAAACAAGCGUAUGCAAGAUCCUAACCAACUACGCAGUCCGCGCAGGCCAGAACUGGUCGCCCUUACUUGUCAGCGUCGACCCAAGCGAGGGAGGCUGGUCAGCUCCAGGCGCCAUCUCAGCCGCUCCCGUCUCAAGCCCCAUCCCGACUGCCUCACCCGCAAACCCCCUAGGCUCAGCAGCCACUUCAGCUCCCACCGCACUCCCCUCCAACGCUCUCCUCCCUCUCGUCUACUGGUACGGUCACGCCGAUAUCAAGAGAAAUCCAACGCUCCUAGACCGUGUCAUCCGCAACCUUGGAGAAAAUAUCGGCGAAAGGUUUUAUAAUGACGUCGAAGGACGCACAUCUGGCCUCAUCAUCGAUACACCUUCAUCCUUCAGCUCAAGCGCAAACACGGGAACCAGCACAGAGAACCGACAUACUCUUAUCAAAGCCUGUGUAGACGCAUUCAGAAUCAACGUCAUCCUCAUCGUCGGCCACGAAAAACUCAACGUCGAAAUGCAACGGCUUUACGGGAGCCGUCUCGCAGUAGUUAAAAUCCCAAAAUCAGGAGGCGUCGUCGAACUAGACCACAGCUACCGCGAACGCGUGCAAAAGCACCAGCUCCACACCUACAUGUACGGCCAAGUCAUCGACCCCCCUCCAGGGAUCCCAUCAGGCAUGGUAGACGGCGAAAUGACCGCCGACCUCGUCCUCUCUCCCUCCUCAACCGUCCUCAGCUUCGACGACCUCACGAUCUACCGCGUCGGCCAAGAAACGAUGGCUCCCUCUUCGGCCCUCCCCAUCGGUGCAGCGCGUACAGUCUCAGAGAUGCAACCCAUCCUCGUCGACCCAUCCUCACCCAGCUCAGGUCUGCUCAACGCAGUCCUCGCCCUCCUCGCCCCUCCCAACCCCGACGAAUCCGAGCGCUACGACGAAGAAAUCCUAGACCUGCAUGUCAUCGGGUUCCUUAUCAUUACGAGCCUUGACAUCCCUAAUCGCAAGAUGACGAUCCUCUCACCGACACAAGGGUCGCUGACAGGGCGGACGGCCGUCGUCGGGUCUUUCGAGUGGCAGGAGUAG